UAUACUGGAUCCGACGCCGGUGCACGCCACUCAGACCACUGGGAUCGAAAAAAUAAAUAAUUUAAAGUGAAGUGACUCAUUGGUUAAACAUGGAAAUCAAAGUUUUCUUUUUAAUUUUCGCGGCUACAUUUGCUAGCAGCUUUGAUAUUGAUAAAAGUCAAGUUGUCAAUAUUUUGAACAUUACUCGAGCAACUCGAAUAAGUAUAGAACCUACAAAUUACGAUGUGAGCAGAAACCGGCUGCUCGGAAACAGCCCUUCAAUUGGUGUUGUGUCGAAAAAUUACGAGUUGAGCAGACGACUCGGCAACGGCAAUUCGUAUGCGGGCAGCUACGGGCAGUACUACCCGAACGGACCAGGGGGGUAUUACCCAGGCGGGAACUACCCAGGCGGGAACUACCAGGGGUAUAACCCGGGUCUGGCGGGGCCGCCGGGCGCGCACCCUGGAUGUCCGCUGUGCGAUUCGUCGGUCUACAGCUACUGUUCAUACAAGCAAGCCCAUGAUGCGUGCUGUUGUGACAAUCCCUCGUACAUGCCGUUCACAUGCCGCAAGUCGAGCUGCGGGUUCCUGUACGCGAACUCCUGCCAGGAGUACAACCUGAUCUCCAGCUGCUGCUGCGUCGACCUGUACAAGAACGGCGGGGUGCCUCCUGUGCAGCCACCGAUUCCUGUUGUUGCCUAAACGACUCCCAACAUCUAGUCGACAUCAACCUAUUACAAAAUAUCAAACACAAUGAGGUCUAUCGCUUUUAGCGCUUACCAGUUGGCGCCACUGUAGAGGUCCUGGUACUCCUGGUCUUCUUGUCACUUUACUUGCGUGAAUCGGCAGGAGAAAUAUCACAUUUGCACUCACCAGGAUGGCGCUUUAGAAUAAGGUCCUGUCACUCACCAGUGGUGCUAACUGAUAAGUAGAAUGAUCCCGGCGGCACUGUAUACAGGGUGUUAGUUAGGUAAAUGGGUAUUUGAGCCGA